UUGGGGAGCAGUCAGCGUCGUCGAAAGGAUGUGUGUCCAGCGUGUAAGGAGAGUUUGCGGAAAUUUGGACUCAAGUACUUGGAUCUGUAUCUCAUUCACUUGCCCAUCUCGUUUAAGUCAAAACUACACGAGGUGGAAAAGCCUCUCCUUUGGGCCAUUGCAGAAGGUUAUCGUCACAUUGAUUGCGCACGAGCCUACCAAAAUGAAGUUGAAGUUGGAAGGGCCCUCAAGCAUUCAUUUGAUGUGGGAACUGUUAAACGGGACGACAUGUUUAUCACAUCAAAGGCAUUCUGCAAUCGUAGGCUAAACUUUUAUAUAGUUUUGAAGGAAGGCAAAGAGUUCUCAAGAAUUGACUUGAGUGUAUUUGAUUUGGAGAACAUACCAUUGGAGGAAACGUGGAAGCUAUGGGCAGAGCCGGACCAUAAUGACCUCCUCAUAGAGUCUCGGGGCAUGGAGGAAGUAGUUGAGGCAGGCCAUGUCAGGUCGAUCGGCGUUUCCAACUUUAACAAGGCUCAAAUUGAUCGCAUUCUGGCCAGCUGCAAAAUACCUCCAGCGGUGAACCAAAUUGAAGUCUCUGUGAACUGGCUAAAUCAAAAAUUGAUCGACUACUGUCACUCCAAGGGCAUUCAGAUCACGGCCUAUUCACCAUUCGGUUCCCCAGGCGUAAUGAAAAAGAUUCCAUCUCCGUUGGAGGAGGAUUAUGUGAAGAAAAUUGCUCUUGCCCACGGUAAGAUGCCGGGUCAGAUUCUCCUUCGACAUGCAGUACAGCGAGGUCUUUCAGUGAUCGCCAACAGCAGCAACGCACAGAGUAUUAAGGCCAACUUCAAUAUAUUCGAUUUUGAACUGACGAAGGAGGAAAUGGAAAUACUUAAUACAAGUGGUCGCAAAAUUCGCGUUUUUACUGUACCGAUGGCGAUGAAUCAUCCAGAGUAUCCAUUCAACGCAGAAUUCUAA